GUUUAACCUUAUCCGACAAUUUAUCGCACAGUAUGCGAACUUUUACAAACACUGUAAAAUGCAAAUGUGCAAGUUUUUUUACUUCCUAAUAACGAUCAAGUAGGAAACUAGUAUUUACACUGUAAAACAAAUCUCUAUCAUUCGCCAACUGGGUGCAAGGUGCAUAGUCUAUGGAGAAGACUGUUUUUCGUGUGUUACAUAAACUAGUGAUAGUGAUGAAUAUCAGAAACUGACAGUGUUUUCAUAAUGAAGGUGAGUAAACAUAUCAGGGUUAAAUGGUUAUCCAUUUUUGAAUGUUGCGAAACCAAUGACUACAUUACAUCAGUUCGCGAUUGCAUGUUAUCUAUUGAAAAACGAACCAGGAAGACAUUUUGAAAAAUUCUGCUCCUAGUGAGAGAUAUUUUGCAACGAAUUAUACAGAAAUGGUGUUCGGAAUCAUUUGUGAAGACAAAAGUGGUUCCGCUACAGACCCCUGUGGUACCCCAAUCCACCACUGGCCCAUAUUGCAAUGAAGUAUUCGAUCAGUGGACCAGAACAGUAAAUCAGGCCGAAGGACGAAAGUAUCUCACAAUUGUUUUUAAGCCCCACGUGCUGCAUAAUCACAGGUUUCGCAGUCAUGAAGUUCGUCUACCCGAUCGAGCCCGUGAUAUGUUUAAACAUCGCGACAAUCGCGAUCAGAGAACUGCUGGUGAACAACUUACUAAUGGAGACCGCGUGUAAGGUGAACGUGGGGUACAAUCGGACGGUAUGCGAGUCGAUCGCGAGCGGUUUGCACAGGGAGAGAAACUUAACGGAGGCGAACAGCGAAAUACAGCGGAGAAUCAACGACGCGUUGGGCUGGUGUUUGUCGGCGAACGGCGUGAUACCGAUCGUCCUGCUGCUCUUCGUCGGCAGCUUCAGCGACGAGCACAAGUCCAGGAAGCCCUUUCUGAUACUGCCGACGAUAGGGGAACUGAUCGCGACCCUCGGAUGCAUGUUGUGCGUGUGGUUUCGCGAGGUUCUUCCGGUGGAGGUGAUCGGGACCGCUCACUACGUCGUGCCGGCCCUGUUCGGAACCGUGCCAAUCCUUUACAUGGCCGCGUUUGCGUACGUAGCGGACGCAAGCGGCGACAAGACGUGCAUCGUUCGGCUGACGGUACUGCAGGUGUCGAUCAACGUGUGCAGGACGAUCGGGGUCGUAGUGGGAGGGUACCUCUUCAUGAGGGUGGGGUACGGUACGUUGAUGCAAGUGUGUGUGCUGCUACUAGUAGCGGCAUUGUGUUAUGGGACAUUUGCCGUGGAAGACAUUAAGGACGAAAGCAAAUCGCCGCCGGUGAGAAACAUCUGCAGUUACAAACAUGUAUGGGAAACCCUUCAAUUGUUAACGACAAGUGGAGGCGUUCGUCGUACCAAUAUUGUCUUUAUUUUAGGUUUGCAGUUCCUGGUUGUGCUAGUCUUAAUUGGCGAAGGGAACGUCUUAUUUUGGUUCACCCAGCAGACCUACGCGUGGACCAACACCGAUUACGCCUACUUUCAGGGAAUUCGAAGCGUGCUCAAUUCGCUCGCGCUUUCAAUCGCUGUACCCGUAACGUCCAAACUGUUCAGUUUGCGUGACAUUACGAUCGUUGUGCUAUCUUUAUUCGACAAGGUGAUCUCGAAUGUCAUUUGCGUGACCGUUAAAACCUCGCUCGGUGUCUACCUGGCCACAGCGGUGGGUACACUGACGAUUGCCGCGAGCAGCGGAAUACGUUCGCUAUCGUCGACGUACGUCUCAAAGGGGGACGUCGGCAAAGCACAAUCGCUACUGUCGAUUGUCGAGGCCGUCGCGACGGGCGUUGCCACGUGGAUCUACAAUCGAGGCGUCUACUACUACACUCACAACAGUUAUCCGUACACGUUCCUACACUUCAGCAGCUCCGUUUGUGUUCUAAGCGCAUGCUUGUGCCUGUGGAAAAGCCGCAACGAGCUCAGCGACCAACAAGAUUUAUGCAAUAAGGAAAACUCACCUCCCUGAAUGAGAACACAUAAAAUUAGCUUAUAAAGCAGCAUUGUCGCAAUUAAAUUAACAUUUUUCGCACUCCGA